AUGAGAUCCCACAUCCCCCGCCGGUUCCUUCACACCACACGUGUGCUCCUCCACGAGAACCCGCUUGGUCUCCCCCAAAAAGGGAGCAUCCCACGCUUCCAGCGCGGCCUCCCCACCAAGCGCGCGAUCAAAGGAGUCUCGCACAUCAUCGCCGUUUCAUCGGCCAGGGGCGGCGUGGGCAAGAGCACCUUCGCCGCCAACCUCUCUUUGGCCUUCGCCCGGCUGGGCCUGCGCGCCGGGAUCCUCGACACGGACAUUUUCGAGCCGUCCAUCCCGACGCUCUUCGACCUGACCAACACGGAGCCCUACCUGAACGCGCACAACCAGCUGAUCCCGCUGACGGCGUACGGCGUGCAGACCAUGUCGCUGGGGUACUUGUCGCGGGACGAGGCGGCGCCCGUGGUGUGGCGUGGGCCGAUGCUGCUCAAGGCCGUGCAGCAGCUGUUGCAUGAGGUGGACUGGACGGCGCGGGGGGGGGGAGGGGUGGAUGUCAGGUGCCGUUGGAUGGGGCCAGUGGAGGUGACGACGCCGCAUGUGUUGGCGGUGAAGGAUGCCUUAGAAGGGGGUGGGCAUGUUUGGGAAGGUUGGGGUGCCGGUAUUGGGGCUGGUGCAGAAUAUGAGCUUGUUUAA